GCCACCCCCCAGUACCACAACCCUCCUCCUCAUUCCCGGAUUUGGGAAGUCGGGCGGUUCCUCCCGGCUCUGUGGCCGCAGGGUGGGGGGGGGCUCUCCCCGGUGUGGGGGCGCAGGGGCAGCCCCCCCACAGCCCCCCAGCCCCCCGUGCCGUGGCAGGUGGGGCGCUCGUCGCUGCUGGUGGGGGCCCUGCACAAACAGUAUGCGCAGGAGCUGCUCCCGGACAAGCUCCCGCCGCAGGACAACACCACCACCACCGACUCGGACAUGGAGGAGCCCUACCUGCAAGAGUCCAAAGAGGAGGGAACCCCCCCCAAGCUGAAGUGUGAGCUCUGCGGCCGCGUCGACUUCGCCUACAAGUUCAAGCGCUCCAAGCGCUUCUGCUCCAUGGCCUGUGCCAAGAGGUACAACGUGGGCUGCACCAAGAGGGUGGGUUUGUUCCACCCCGACCGCACCAAACUGCAGAAGCCGGGGGGGCCCCCCCACGGACGGCGCCGCAGCUGCAAAGGGCCCCUGCCCCCCCUGGGCAAGGACAGCAAGAAACAGGUGAGGGGGCACGGGGGGCACAAAGCGG